CGCUCACCUCUGAAUGGGGACUGGCUCCAGCCUUUGACAGCUCCUCUGGCACUAUCAUCAUAGACGCCAGGGUCCACGCGUGCACUCAGGAAUGAGAAAUGAUGGCCGGCUCUGCAGCAGAGGAGAAAACCUUCCGACGGUUCUUGGAGCUCUUCCUACGGGAGAUGAGGAUGCCUCUGCAGGAGAGCGACCCGCUGCCGAUGCGCCCUUUGUCGGACCUGGUGUCUGAGGACGAGGUGGAGGGCGAAUGUCUCGACUUGUGUCUGCAACACCUCUACAAAUAUAACUGCCCAUGCUCCCUGGCUGCAGCCCUGGCCAGAGCCACAGCAGACAGUAUCCUACAGACUGACCUCUCCAUCCACCACCUCAACAGGAACACAGAAGAUGGAGCUGACCCACCACAGAUGGAGUCAGUGAAGCUGGCCCGGCUGGUGUUCAACAGACUCUUUGAGAUGUGCUGCCUGUGGAUGAAGGAGCUUCCCUUCCGUCGCCGUCCUCUGCCCUACUAUGAAACCUCCAUACACGCCAUCAAGAACAUGAGGCGCAAGAUGGAGGACAAACAUGUUAUCAUCCCUGACUUUAACACACUCUUCAACGUUCAGGACCAGGAAGAACAGGCUUUCUUUGCAGUAUUCGAUGGCCAUGGUGGCGUGGAUGCUGCCAUCUAUGCUUCCAAUCACCUCCACGUUAACCUGGUUCAUCAGGAAACAUACAGCCACGAUGUAGGCGACGCUCUGUGCAGAGCCUUCAAACAGACUGAUGAGCGCUUUGUCAAGAAAGCAUCCAGAGAGAACCUGCGAUGUGGCACAACAGGCGUAGUGACGUUCCUGCGGGGCCAGACGUUGCACGUAGCCUGGCUGGGAGACUCCCAGGUCAUCCUGGUCAGGAGAGGUCAGGCUGUGGAACUGAUGAAACCACAUAAGCCAGACAGAGAGGACGAGAAACAGAGAAUUGAGGCUCUUGGAGGAUGUGUGAUCUGGUUCGGCACAUGGAGGGUUAACGGCAGCUUGUCUGUAUCCAGAGCAAUAGGAGACUCUGAGCACAAACCUUACAUCUGCGGUGACGCAGACCGCACUAUUGUCCACCUGGACGGCUCUGAAGACUACCUUAUCCUGGCCUGUGAUGGGUUCUGGGACACAGUGAGUCCAGAUGAGGCAGUGCGGGUGGUCAGCGACCACCUCCUGGAGAACACUGGAGACACUACUAUGGUAGCCCAUAAGCUGGUGGCCUCUGCUCGUGAUGCGGGCUCUAGUGAUAAUAUCACUGUUGUAGUGGUCUUCUUGAGAGACCCUCGCUCUCCCCCACCUACCAGCACCGAGGACGAGGAGGAAGGUCAUGUAGAAGAAGAAGUGGAGGAAGAGGAAAUGGGUGAAGUAGAGGAGGAGGAGGAAGAGGAGGUGGAGGAGGAAGAAGAAACAGUCAGGGUUGAAAGAGAUGGUGGUGAUGGAGGCAGCACUGCGGACAUUGGGGGGAAGGGUCGUGGUGGUUGGCCUCUGCAGCAGUGCUCAGCCCCCGCUGAUCUUGGCUACGAAGACCGAACAGACUCGUUCACGGACAGAACCAGCCUCAGCCUGCUGGGACCGUCACUGGAGGGUCGCAUCUCUUUGACCGCGGGCUCACCGUUGCCCUGCUCCACCUUUAGUUCCGACCUUUUCGCAGCCUCCCAUGUCUACGGGAAGCCCCGCCCGCUGAGGCGCAGGUCCUGUAUCCCUUUCCAGGAGUCUAGCAUCUCUAGCUUUACGGACCCACUCUGGCCUCAAACGGCUAUGUUGUUGGGCCAGCCAGUGAGGCCAAGCCGCAGGUUCGGCCACGGUAAUCGCCAAAGGUCCAGAAGGUGGCCAGGGAGAUCCAGUGAAAUGCUAGGUCUCUUUCCAUUAGGCCAUUUGCAGUCCAACAUGCAGCGUCACUCCAACCAUAGGCCUGGAGUGGCAGUGCCUCAACUACCCCAUGAUGCCAUCAUCUGAAGAGGUGACCCCAAACACCCCCCCCCCCCCCUUUUUUUA